UAGCUCAACACUUUUCUGUGCUUGACAAGAGCUUAGUCUGAAUGAAAGGACAAGUUGGUCCUGUGUUAUGAAUCAGGACACAACACCAUCAGUAACAUUUUACUUAUUAGAACUCUGUGAGAGUGGGAUCGAAUAAACAGAAGCAAAGCAGGGACCCUUUCCUGACUAGUCUGCUUUCAAAGGAAGCAGCAUGGAAGCCUUUGCCAAGUUUGACUUUGAUGCUUCUGGAGAGGACGAACUGAGUUUCCAGGCUGGGGAUGUUCUGAAGAUCUUAAGCUCUCAGAGAAAUUGGUACAGGGCAGAGCUGAAGGGUAUUGAAGGAUAUGUUCCAAAGAAUUUCAUAGAGCUCCACACUCCCAGCUGGUUCCAUGAAGGAGUAUCCCGGCACGAGGCUGAAAAUAUGCUCCGGGACAAGGCAGUCGGCUCUUUCAUCGUCCGAGCUAGUCAGAACUCCCCAGGCGACUUCUCCAUCUCUGUCAGGCAUGAAGAGGAUGCCCAGCACUUUAAAGUGAUGAAGGACACAAAAGGCUUCUACUUUUUGUGGAGUGAGAAGUUCGAGUCACUAAAUAAGCUUGUGGAGUUCUACAGGACUACCUCCAUCUCCAGACACACGCAGAUAUUCCUAAAGGAUGACACUCAGAAAGAGGAGCAGGAUAUGGGUGCUAGGAGUUUGGCCAAAAGGACACAGGAAGUGCUUCACCUAAGCGGAGCUCCUACAAAAGAAGCAGAGGCAGCCGGGCACAAGAAAGCCGGAGAUCGGUUUUCAUCUCGGCAACCAAAGCAGGACAGACGUGGAUGGAGUCUUGAAACUCAGGAGGGACCUCAAGGCCAAAGAGAAGCAGGAGAAGGGAGUGGACCAUCUAUGUUCCGGAGACACACGGAUCCUGCGCAGCAACAACAGCGAUCACGAUGGGCCCGUGCCAUAUAUGACUUUGAGGCAAUGGAGCAUGAUGAGCUGGGAUUCUGCAGUGGCGAUAUCAUAGAAGUCCUGGACAACUCCCAUGCUUCUUGGUGGAAAGGCUGUUUGCAUGGGAAAUUUGGUCUCUUUCCUGCCAACUAUGUGGCACCUAUGACAUAGUGUGUCUGCAUUGUUUGGGCUGUGUGUGUGUUUUAAUGAGCACACUCCAUCUUGUCAAUAGCAACAGAAACCUCCAUCAUGUGCCUGGGUGACACUCACACAGUUUUCACAAUCGUAACCUUUUAGCUAUUGAGUAAUUGAUAUUAAAAUAAUCUAUUGAAAGAGGAAAGCCGAUCUUUUUGCACAUAAUGGCAGCAAGAGCCAGAGAUAAUCUAAAAGACCUUUUUACCUUAUUAAUAGAUCUGAGUUAACAUACAUCAUGCCUUUAGUGACUAUCUCUCAGGAAAUUCCUCAAAGAGGCCUUGAAGUACUCCUCAAGCAAGAUUGCAGGCUACGCUGCCUUCAUGUCCUUAAGACUGCCACAGUUGAAGAUUAAACUUUUCAUAACUCUUGGGUAUGAUUCUAUCUUCUAAGGGUACAUACGGAUAUACAACAUUUGAGCACACUGUGGAAGCACACUCAUGGUAUUUUGUUCUCAAGCAUACGUUAUCUUUCCUGGAUCAAGUUCAGAAAAAACUAGUUCUGCAGCAGAAAUGGACUCUGCAAGGUCUGACUGCAGGAACCAGGGAAAUCACAAAGCCUCCCCAAAGCAGUUUUUGAAUUAUUAUAAAAUUAGUUGUGAGACUUUUAAAAAAAUUGGUAGUUCAAUGUAUGUUUAAUUUUGUAAAUGUACAUGCAGUGCUUUAAAAAUAAGAAAUCGGCCGGCUUACUUGAAGCGUGGGAGGAGGAGAAAAACAAUCAACUGAAGCAGCAUUCAGUUUGCUAUUUGGUAUGUCUUUUAUUUGCAUUCUGAACAAAGGAGGAAGCUGGGCUUGCCCCACUGGGGAAAAUGUCCGGCAACUCCUUUUCUUGGUAUGUGUUUACAUAGCCUAAUUCCCUUUUACUGUAAAGUUUAAAGAUUUCCCUUGUAUGAAAGAUUUGCUGUAUUGUUAUAUAAUUAGGCCAGGGCCCAAGUGUGGCAAUAGCGGCGGUGCAACUGCACUUUGCCAUGCUUGAGGGUGGAGGGGGCUUGGGCUGGGCUGCAAGCUUAGUACCAUGAGGGGGAAACUGAAGCUAAAUUGUAGAUAAUGCUCAAAGAUGUCCACGCAAACCUAUUUCCCUGUAUCUAUAUGAGAUGUUCAAAUCUUAUAAAAACCUGGGAGAUUUUUCUGGAGCAAGGCCUUUGUUGUCAGCUUUUCCAAAACCAAAGAGUGGGGAGGAGAGAGCCCAUAUUUCACGUUUGAACUUGCCUCUGACAAAUUAUGUUGGAAUACUAAUUUAUGCUGCCCUUCAAGACACUGUAGAAGAGGGGCCUCUUCAUUCAACCACCAAUCACCUACCUGAGAACAUUGUGAAUUUGUAUCUCGAAACUGUAGCUGUGACAUGUGAUAUCACACAGCAGUUUGUCAGCCUAGAAACAAUGCAUUUGCGCAAGUUGUGCAAAUUGCACCACACAAGAUUAAGCCCAUUGGAAAUAAAGGACUUGCUCUUGUGUGAUGCAGCCUAUGCAAAUGCAGCGUUGUUAGACUCUUGUGCAGUACAUGAGGCUGUUUUUAAUUUUGAUUGGAUUCAAGCUUCCCUAGGGCUAGUUAUGGAAUAAAGAAAAGGGCCCUGGAUCAGAAGCUGAAUUCUACAGCUUCUCUGCCCCAGUUGACAGCAGAAGCCCUACAUCUUCAGAAGGCUUUGAAUUGUGGCUAUUGAUGUGCAUAAUCUCCAGUCACUUAUCAUGUGGAACCAUGUAUAGGGCAUAUCCAUGCUGCAAAUUUAUAUUGUUUCCCCAUAGAUCUUGGGAACUGUAGAGUGUUGUAGGGAAUUAUAGAUAAGCAUUCUGCAAAUUCUACAAUUUGAAUUCUACAGAGGGAUUGAUUAUUAAACCAGUUUACGUCUGUGGGGUACAUGUGCCCAAAGUCUCCUUCCAUGUCUAAGCAAGUGUAUAUGACACUGUAAGAUGAGUGCUUGCAGGCCUUGCAAUAUUGUGUGGCAAGUAUUUAGUGUCUUUAUUUAUUGGUGAUAGACAUGCAGAUGUUCUCAUAGGCUGCUAAUAUGUUCUAGGACACAUGCUAGAUUAUAAAUGGGUUGAAGAAUGGGGGUGAUUCUGUACAAACACUGCACUUGCCAUAUGGUGAACACAAGAGCCCUAUUCAGACAUUAUGAUGAACCCUUGUAUGAGUGUACAGUAUACACAAGUACAGAUCUGUACACUAGUGCAGUUAUUCAUACAUUAUGUUGAACACAGGUGCAACAGUACACUUCCUAUCUGUACCAUGCAUUUCCAGGCCCUAUACCUAGGCUCACUUUUAAGAUGAAUGCAGGUACAGUCAUUCACACAAAAACAUGUAUGAAUGUACAGAUAUCUGUACACUCAUGUAACAUAAUGUCUGAACACAGCUAAAGCCUUCAAGUCUUUUAACAAUCCAGAUUCCAAAAAUGUGCUCCUCUGGCUCUCUCUCAUCUUUAGCAUCUUGUAGCAAUUGGGUGAUGAUAAUCCAGCUGUUCCUCAGCAGCCACAGCUUUGACCUUUUGUUGUGCAGGAAAACUGCAUUCUUGCUGCCAGAGAGGGUUCUAGUUCUCUGUUAUUUUUAUCUGUGAGAAAUACCCCAGCAGGGGCUACUCUGUCAUCCUGAGAAUGUAUAAAAUUAUGCUCAUUAAACAUUUAUUGUGUCUUUA